UUCCCCUUUCCCUCUUUCUCUCCCUACACCAAAUUAAAACCCUAAUUAUUCGCCUACACCCCUCUCUUUUUUGGCGAACUUUUUUUGAAAUCAAAAUGGCGACGGCGCAACAAGGCGGAGCCACCACCACCGCCGCCGCCGCAGCUCCUUCCUAUGGCGGAGGAGGAGGAGGAGCUGGGGGAAAGUUCCGAAAUAAGCCAUUCCGCAAGCCGACGACGCCUUACGAGCGCCCUCCCAUCGCCCUCCGCGGCAACGGCGGAAGCAGCAGCUGGUUGACGAAGCUGGUGGUGGAUCCCGCCUCCAAGCUCAUUUCAUAUGGCGCGCGCCGCUUCUUUGAUUCUGUUUUCCGCAAACGACGCCUCCCUGCGCCGCCUCCUCCUCCUCCUCCCCAGAUAUCAGAGUCAAACCAUGUAUUGAGUGGUGCACGUCCAGACGCAGUUCUAAGUGAGCCUGAAAGUGGUGAACACCGCCAGCCAAUAAGUUCUAACGGGACUGGGAUCUCUGACCUUGAGCAAUUGCUGAAACAAAAGACUUUCUCCAGGUCUGAAAUUGACCAUUUGACGGAACUGUUGCAUUCAAGAAGUGGAGAAGUGUCUGUUGCGGAUGAUGGAAAAAGAAAUGAAGAGGCUGUGUCAGAUUUUGAAAGGCAUGGAAAAAUUGAAAAUGGUAUGAAUGCAAAAGGAAAUGAGGAGGAUAGAUCUCUUAGAGUUGAUUCAAAGGUUCUUGGGGAUAGUAUUGCUUCUCCUUCUGAACUUGCAAAAGCUUACAUGGGCAGCAAACCCUCAAACUUAUCACCAUCUGUGCUAGGUAACCAUAGUCAAGUUACCCUUAGGGAUGAUAUCAAGAUGCUUAGUAACAUGAGAACAAAACCUGUCAGCAUGUCACUGGCAACGAAGUCUCCAGUCAGCUUUGGUUCACCUGGUAAUGGUCAUGUUACAAACCCGAGAUCUCUUGGUAGAUCUGCUAUUUACAACAUGGCUCGCACUCCGUACUUAAAGAGUAAUGGUAUCAAUCAUAAUGGCCAUUCUGGAUUCCUGGUGCCCUCAACAUCUCUUAUGGUUUUGGAAAAUGGUGAAAAAUCUGAGCCCAAGUCAAUGACGUUAAAGCGUAGGAGUUUUGUCUUAGAUGAUGAAAUUGGACCUGGUGGUUCAAUUCGAAGAAUCCGACAGAAAUCUAAUCAAAUAGCACAUGGAAUUCAUUCUGAUCGAGUCGGAAGUAAAUCUGAUGCUAGUCUAGUAUCUUCAAAGCAGAAGCUUCCGUUGAUUGAUGAUCGAGAGCACGCCCAGAGAAUUAUCGAGGGAAAUACUUAUACUGGUUUUAGCAACCCAAGCACUAGUUAUGCUAUAGUUCCUUCCAAGUCCAACGGUGCAGAUGUAGCUAUUGGAAGAUUAAAGCCCAAAUCAUCAGAUUCCAAUUUGGUUGCUGUGCCUCUGAAGUCAAAAUUUAUGUUGACGCCAAGUAUGCUUCAUGGACAGGCUCUUAGGAGCAUGGAGGAUGCAACUUCUUCAAAGUUGCUGCUGAAUGCCCAAGACAGUUACAAAUUUGAUAGCAGUGCUGGUUUAUUGGACACUCGUGAUUCUACACCUCAAGACCAAGGAAAAACUGACGAAAAUGGGCCAGUAGAAACUUCUUCCCCUUCCGAAACUCACUACCCCGUAAAUAACAGUGGCUCUGCAGUAUCCUUUGAAGCUUCUUUGGCUAGAGGUCGAAGUUCAGAUGAUGUAGAAAAUUGUUUGUCUCAACCUCAAAACAAGGCAGCUUUUAGAAUGAGUGCUCUGGAGGAUGAUGUCGAUUUUGAUGAUGACGUCCCCAGUAUUGGAGGAUCACUGGAGGCCCAUCACACAGAUAGCAAGUUCUCACCUCCUGAAGAACCCAAAUUGUUUGAAACAACUAUCCAGCCAGAACCGAAAUCGCAUUCGGACCUUAUAUUGAGUAAAACAAACGAAGCUAGUAGUGCUGUUGCUAGUGCUGCUCCAUCGAGAGAACAAAAUAAUGGCGCCACAAACCCUGCUUCAGAAAAUGUUUCUGCUGCUACUCAGUUCUCUACCCCUCCAUCAGUUGCAUCUUUUACUGAACCUAAGGAGAUGAAUAAUCCACCAUCUCUUUACAGUUUUAGUUCUAAAGUCUCAGAUAAGUUGCCUUCCUUGAUGCCAGAAUCAAGCCCCAGUAAACCAGAAAGCUCUAGCAGCUUGUUGAAUGUUUUUGCCACAUCUAGCUCUCCGGUGACAUUUUCGGAGCCAGGCCAUGAUGGAUACCUGAAGUCUCUUGCUGCUGAAGACACAAAUGGAAAAUCCGUUACUGUUGCCUCUCCUGCAUCUGAUGGGCCGCUUGUUGCAGGCACUCCUGCAAUGUCAUUGACUGCCACAUCCAGCAACAAUACAAAUCCCAUCUCCACUGCUGUUCCUGCUAUUUUUACCUCUUCUGUGAGUGUUUCGGACUCUGUCCCAUCUGGUACAGGCAACAUUCCCUCAACCAAAUUUGGGAAAAUCACUUUUGGAGCAUCUGAAACUCCUAAAGUUUCAAGGGAAACUGCAAUCAAAUUCGGUGCCUCUCCUGAUCCAUCUACUAAUGUAUCAGCAGCGUCAACUACCAUCGCUCCAAGUUCUGGAAGCUCAUUUAGCUCUCUGACCAAUUUUGGAUCGUUUGGGACACCAAGUUCUGGGAAUAUGACUUCGGGACUCAGUUCAUCAACCAGUACUCCAUCUGCAAAUAAUUCAAUGGGUUCCCUAUUCGGUGGUGCCAGUAAUUCUUUUGCACCUGCUAUUGGAACUGUUUCUCAGGGGACAUCUACUCUGUUGAAUUCAUUUGCAUCAAAUACGAGUAGCAGUACUUCUUUUGCUCCUUCCUUGUCCAGUGCUCCAGUUUCCAGUCAGGUCAUGCCCUUUGGUUUUAAUCCUUCAGCUUCCUCGUCAGAUACUGGUGUAGUUGCCUCUAGCAGUGGAUCUGCAUCUAUUUUAUUUGGUGCGAAUCCUACUGCUGUUUCAAAUGGCAGCGCCGGCGGCUCUAGCAGUUUUACUACGUCAAGUUUAUUCAGUUUUGGUGCGAGUUCUUCCUCUUCUACAAUCAAUGCAGUUGGAUCGACUGGCGGUGUAACUGCUCCAGUUUUUGGUGCUCUUUUGAGCUCAUCAGGCCCUGCUUCAGUAACCACCGGUUCCUUCAGCAGUGCCCCUUCUUCGACCAGUGUAGUUGGAUCAAUUGGUGGUGCUGCUGCUCCAGUCUUCAGUUUUGGUGCGAGUUCUUCAGGUCCUGCGCCAGCAACCACCAACACUUUCGGCAGUUCCUCUUCUUUUACUGGUGGUGCAACUGCUCCAGCGUCUUACGCUGCUAGCAGUGCUGUUGGAUCAAUUGGUGGUGCGUCUCCAUCCCCUUUCAGUUUUGGGUUGAGCAAUCCCGCAUCUGCCCCGGCGUCUAACGCUGCUAGCCCAUUCAGCAACGGUGCUUCCGGACUUUUUAGCUUUGGUGCAAGUUCUUUGGCCUCAUCCUCAUCAAUCACCGCCUCUGUUAGCUCCAACAGCGCUCCUUCUAAUCCCUUCGGUUCUAGUGUGCAAGCUCCUUCAGCUCCUCUCUUCGGCUCAUCUCCAGCGACUGGAUUUUCCUUUGGUGCACAGCCCACACCCUCCGCUCCAAUCUAUGCUGCAUCUUCUCUGUUCGGUUCAUCAACAGCUCAACCAUCGAGCUCCCCUUUCUCAUUUUCCUCCGUCCCUGCUUCAGUCUUUUCUUCACCAGCCCCAUCUCUCAGCCAGCCGGUAUUUGGCAACCCGGCCCCCAGUUUUGGAGCCUCCUCGCCAGGGAACAACUUUCAGAUGAACGGAGAAGACAGUAUGGCCGAAGAUCCAGUGCAGUCAACUGCACCGUCUCUUCCUGCAUUCGGCCAAGCCUCCCCUGCUCCCUCAGGCUUCAUGUUCGGAUCAGCAGCUCCAUCUCAACCGAACAACCCCUUCGCGUUUGGCAGUCAGCAAAAUCAAGCACCUCCUCCUAACCCUUCGAUGUUUCAGGCAUCAAAUAGUCUGGAUUUCAACGCCGGUGGCAGCUUCUCGUUGGGCAGCGGUGGAGUCGACAAGUCGGGUCGAAAGUUUGUGAAAGUCAAUAGAAACAAAAACAGGAAGAAGUGAAGCUUGGGAUAUCCAUUUGCUCUCAUUCAAGAAAAGCUUGGGAUAUCCAUCCAUCGGCUCUUCGAUAUCGGUCGCCGCGGAAAGGUCUGCUGAUUUACCAUGUCUUCUUCAUCUUCCUUAUAUGGAAAUUUUGAGCGCACCAAACUUUGUAGAAUGUAUUGAUAUUGUUAGAAAGAGAGGUGUGUGUAAUUGAACUUGAAUCUGUGUUGAAGAAUAAGUCAUGUAAUUCAAUAUCACAUUGUAUAAGCAUUGCCAACUGUUUUACAAAUUCGUUGUGUCAUUAUCUUUUUUGUGUA